AUGGACUGGACAGACUUCCUGACCCUUGGUUUGAUUCUGGCCUGGGUAAAAGCUCCUUGCGUUUUCACUGUCAGACGAGAUCAUAUCGGUAGGUUGGUUACAAUUUCACUAUCUAAGACUCUUUUUAUUCUCUUAUUUCUCUUUGUCUCUUUUUAUAUCCGAUUCAUGGGAGAUAUGCGAACGUGAUUGGUUAUUAGCAGUUCGAUUUGAGCUUUAAUGGAGCGGUGUGUGCGCCAUGCUGGUAAUUGGGUAGUACGCGUCAUUUCCGUGCUGUGCUCCUUAGAGCAUAGUUUGAUUUCCUUGUGGAGGAAAAAAUCUACUGCUAUGUUUCUAUUUGUGAAUAAGUUCAACUGAUGGGCAUGUUGGUUCUCACGUGUAUGAUUACAGAUAGGAUUAGACUUAACUCUUUUCUAUCGUAGACCAGUGAUGUUGGUCAAAGGCUAUCCUUUUCAAAAUAGUUGUUUAGCUAAAUUGUUUAGUCCACUGUAAGUUACAGGUUUACCUCGACCCUUAUUAAUUUUAAAGGGUUCUUGCCUUGUACUUAAGUCUGGCCUUUAUCUCAGUGGUCCGCCUAAGACAGCAUAGUAGCAUAUACCUUAUGUGGUAGUUGCCAUUCAGAGGUGUAUUUGAUCCUUAUAACGAUUUUCGCGAAACAACGUUUUUUUGGCGUAAAAUGCAAAAAUCGCCGUUUUACCACAGACAACAAAAGCAAUUUACUCAAUUUUCACUGUUCUAAAUCGAGCUUCGAACGUUGUCAUUUUAUUCCGUUUUUAGGAUUGACUGUAGGAAAGCCUUUGAUAACCUUGGUUGGUGACAAGGAAACAUACAAAAGUGAUCAGAAGAAUCACGGUAAGCAAAUCAACGUGGCCACAAACGAAAAUAUUGUAAAUAAAACGUCCUCAGUUGGAGAAUACGAAGAUGCCAGUUCAAAUUACAAAGUGAACAGUGAAUCAAGUUUUGCUUCAAACGAUGUUUAUGAUAAAAAUAAUGGGGGCGUGGCACUUAAUGAUGAUGUCAUAUCACCCUCGAGACUUGCAGAAAGACUUUACAGUCAGUUGGAAAGCGAUGACGCUAAAUUGUCAGGAUUUCAACUUGAGAAGGAUCCCUCUGGAGGAGAAGUUCUCAUCGGUCCCAUGUCGCGGGCGAUUUCUGAUAUGGUGUAUCAGAAGAACUCUCAGAAUGCAAGUUCCGUCGAAAACGAAAAACUGACGACUUUUAAAGGAUCAGAAAGAUUAAAAAGCUCUCGUCUAGAGAACCAAUCAUCAAAAGAUCCUCUUGCGAAAGUAUCGUAUGUAUUAAACCAUAAAGGUGAAGAUCUCUAUCACUCGUUACCAUCUAGUAAUGACACAACUAGUAAUGGCCAGAGAAACAUCGAAAAUAAUGCAAAUGUAGUUCAAGGUAAGAACGACUCAAGUAACAUUGAUGUAAAGGAGGUAAACACAAGCAGUAUGGUCUCGAAUAGCGAAGCCUCUCAUGACUUGGGUGCUUUUUCAAAGAGUGAUUUCGUUAAAUCGCAGAAUUCAAAUGGCAUGAACCGUUCUUGGAAUGAAACUAUUGAUAAGUCUAAGCCAAAUAUUGAUCAUGACAUGGGUCAUGAGGUUUUCAAUCAGUCAGCUCCAUCUGCGCAGAAUUCGAACAUCUCAUCAGACACUUUAAACAUCCAGCUACCAGAACUUGUCAAAAGCGUAGUGGAGCGUCUGGGAAACCAAGGAACUAUGUAUGUUUCGCUGGAAUUAGCAAAACAUCCGAUGAUGAAAGACAUUUGGGCAAGCUCCAUUGCACGGGCUCUUCUUAUGGAAAGCAAUAAAAUUUCUCAACUUGAUUCUGGGAAGAAAGUAGGAAUUACUUCGGACUCCAGUAGAAUUGCUGAUUUAUCAACUGAUUUGUCUAAAGUUAGCGCUCAUGAGAGUCAGAGGCCGAAAGAAGGUAACCAAAGUGCGAGCAGUCCACUCACGACGGUCCAAAUGAAAGAACCGGCCCAGACAAUAAAAGAGAAAGUUAAAGGUCAUUCCCUGUCCGAGCUGACCAUCGGAAAUGCUGAUAAUUCUGCACCGUUACAUAAAAUGAAAGAAACAGCAAAUGCAGUAGGAGAAAGUAACUCAACACCUACUUCUCACAUGAUUGAAUCAUCUCAAGCAGGACAAGAUCAUGAAAAAAAUAAUCGUACUCAAGGAGUUCAUCAGGGACCAUUAAAGAAGCCCAUGACACAAGCUGCUCCCAAAAUUAACUCCAAAGUCCAAGAGAAAAAUCACUAUGAUUUGCUUCCCAAGACUGCUGGGAGAAUUGCAGCGGGACAAAACACUAAGACUAGUGAACAGGAAACUUAUAACAGAAAACAAGUUCUAACGCCCUUGAUAUCUGGAUUCAUUUCCAACAAAGAAAUCCCAACAUGGUUUGGUGGAAGUGAUAAGGACGAACCAUCGAUUUAUUAUAGGCCGGUUGUCACAUUGUCCUCCGAUGGACUCGUUUCUAAUACAGCAAAUCAACCUACACAGUUGCCUGGAGCACAAGGAGAUCAGAAAGAAGAUUUGCCAAAGUCAACAAAUGCAAUGGUCUCAUCGGCAAAUUCUAAUCGAGCUAUAGAUGCACCUUUCCUAUAUAGCAAAUUUACAAGUUUGGAUCCCGAUGAAACCAAAUAUGUUCAACUAAAUCUUAUGAGUGAUCCAGUCGCAAAGGAAAGCUUUACUGAUGUCAAUAGCCCAUUUUCAAGUCAAGAGCAACUACAAGACGAAGAUACUAAAGAGGCAAGUUUUCUUGAGCAUCAAAUCAACGAUGCCGGUCGUUUGGUUCAAGAGAUUUUCCCUAGCCUGAACUCAACUGCACCAAAACAGAAUACUGGUCAGUUUUUUGGCAAUCCGUUAGCCAAAGCUAAUAGUGAAGAGUUAUACACGAGAGAUAACCAUUUCCUUAAUGCUGAAAAAAGAAAAAAUGAACAGAUCAUGGCUUCCGUUGUUAAUGAGGACCAAAAAUUUUCGUCUGACCCAACCUUCAAUCAACCACAGAGCCAAGAUAAACAGCAAAAAUUCUACCCAGAUGCAACACAAAAGUCGUAUUUGGUACCUCCUAGUCUCUAUAAGGUUCCUGGCCAUCAAGAUGGAACAGGGACACAAGCUGGUGUAGGUCAAAUAUUCUCAAGUCCGAAAACAGCUUCAGAUAUUUCUUCGGUAGAUCUUGCUCCUCUCAGUAGUCUUGUUGGGCUUCAAGGAGCAUUCAACUUAAUCAAACCAAAAACAUUAAACUACCAAUCCGAGAAUAUUGAAAAUGGCCGAAAACUGGACAUCAGAGGAGACGGUAUAUCCCAAUUUGGAGUAAACCCAUUCCCAGCAUCACUGGCGAGACCACAAAAGAAACACCUAAUACACAUGAGCAAAAGAAAACACAGAAAGAAGUUCAUUAGGAAAGCAAAUGUUAAUGCAUCAUCGUCUACAACCUUGUCGACUACUUCUUCCCCUAUGCAUGUAAAAACAUCAUACAAACACGCUUCUAAUGGGAUAAAACCGACGAAAUCUCGUAAUCAGCCGGGGACUCGAGAUUCUGAGAUAAGUCCUUCCUCUGUCAUAUUUGGACUGACAGCAAAAGAAAUGAAAGAACUUGAAACUCAUUUAGCUCACACACCACAUAUUGUAGGUGGUCCUGAGGAGAAUAGCGGUGUGCAAGGGGCGUCACCCACGACUAAAGGUUACUACAACACUGUAACAGAUGAGGAACAAGAAAAAUCAAUGGAUUCCACGAAAAAUCUUGUCCAAAAAUCAUUGAAACAGCGAAAUUUAACAAGGAAAGAGGUAAAACACAGUCUGUCAUAUAAAAAGAAGGCACAUACAAUAAAACAUGCUACUCAUUUUUCCAAAAGGUUACACAAGAAAUUUGACAAUAAUAGGAAUAAAAAGAGAGAUCUGGAGUCAUGGGAGUCCUCCACUGACGUGCUGAACAGUGACUUAGAUCAAAUUCGAGGUUUAAAUCCUAAAGCCCAAGAGGACAUCUCUAAAGUCAUUCUGAAAGAUUACGAUGGACAUCAGAGAAAUAUCAAAGAUAUAGAGGCAUUUCCAUUUGAUGAGCACGAUCCUGGUUAUUCUUUUGAACGUUCAUUAAAAGCUCCGGGGAGAAGGAACCUUAGGAGGGUGAAAAUUUCUAAGCAUUUUGGGAGGAAUAGUCAGGAUCGACGACAACUGUACAGUGAGGACGUGGUGGAACGAAACUCUGCAGAAGUAAAACACGGUGUAAAAGGUCUACACAAGGAAACUGAAAUAAACACACCGCUUGUAAUAAGAGGAAAUAAAAUCUUCAACGGUGAUGUAAUUCCCCUUGAUGACGUGAAAAACGAGUUUACCCAAGGUUUGUUACGUGAGACUCUCGGUAAAGAAAGCGAAGGAGUUCUGAAGCAUGCAAACGCAAUAUCGAAACACGAUAUUGACAGAAUCAAAAGCAUGUUCCAAAGUGCAGGAGAUGAAAUUGGCAUGAAGAGAGAUUCAAAGAGGACAUUUAAAGUAGCCAAACAAGGCCAUUUGAAGGUGAACAAAAUUGCAAAACUCCUCCAGCCUAAUAAGAGACGAUCUAAGUCCAGGAAGCAUGCGGCGAGAAGGGAUGCUACUGAUUGGGCGACUGAAUUCAACGAUGGCACUUUUCGAAGCCCUGACUUUGAGAGACAGUUAUCCCGCGCUCUGAAGCAAGAGAGUGAACACGACUUGAACUACGUGACUAGGUUGGAGAGCCUGGAUAAGUCAGGGCUGAGAAAGGGGGCGGAUCACGUUGACCCUAAAAGUAACCCAAGAAGGGGAAAUGCGGAGAACGCUUUUCAAGAGGAAAAUAUCAGAGAAUCAACUAAUAACAGUCAUUGGGACUAUCUAAUGAACACCCAAAAGAAGUUGAAAGCGUUUUUACAAAAUUCAAAUCGCAAUGGGAAGGGCUUGGCUCAUGAGGAACAUGAACUCGGUGGAAAGAGGGAAUGGACAAAUUCCGAAAUUCGGGGGAGUGUUUUUCGUGAUUUGACACCAGAAGGAAAAGUAUUAAGUGAUGAUUAUAAAGAUUUGGGUACCUUUGGAUCUGAUGCUCAAGCGCAGCUCGCAUCAGUGCUACAAUUUGCCAACAGCGAUGAUCAGAGAGAUUUGAAAGAGCUGGAAAAAAUUGACAAAGUUGAUGAAAAAGACGUAGAAAGUCUUUUUAAGCCAUCUGCUGAAGCUUUCAAGAGGUCAAUCCUUGAUAAAUUGGCUGGAAAUAAAGAAGGGACCGUCGAGACCAUUGCGGACAUUUUCGAUCCUGGAUCCGAAGGAAAGGAAAUAAAUAAUGUCGUAAGCAGUGAUGAAGGUAAAUUCAACCAACUGUAAAAAGUAAACGAUCUUACUCAUCAACAAAACAAUAACCAGGGUAAAGGAACCGUAUACAAUUGAUAUUAAUGCUGGAAUCCCUCCUCCCUCAGGUUUGCAAGAGAAGUAUUCAAAUUUCAUUAUGACUUGGUGGAAGCAAGAAGUAGAAUAUUUUUUUGUAUCAGGUUUAAAGACUUCUCAAAAAUUGGUGGCAGAAGCAGAACUUUGGAUAAAUAUUAACAAAUUUUUCCCCUUAUUCUGCAUGUUUUCAUCUACUUUGAUUAAGUUAAAACACCCAAAAUGUUAUGAGCAUCAAGAAAAAAAUUGGAACACAGAACAGGCGCUCAAAAUAAGCCAAGAUCUGUUCAUGAAAACAUAUCUGAAAGUUUUCCUCAUUCCUGAGUAGUUUCAGUGACGAUUCGCUUUUGUCUGUUCUUUGAUUGUACUUAAAUGUGUUAGUAAUCUCACUUUGAGUGCAAUUACUCUGUUAUGUGCCUACGUUAAACUUUUGCCUCCUACCGAGAACAGAUGGACCAAUGGGGAAAUUGCCCCUCUAACACCAAAGGGAUACGUUCAUUCUCCGCUUUCAUACCUCUUGAAACUUAGGAGACGCAGGGUGGAGUGCAUGGUCUAAGUGUUCCAAGUCCUGUGGUGAUGGAAGCAUGAAGACGAGGUCUUUGUACUGUAACAAAAGUUCUCCAUUUGACAAUAUUAUCAAAUGUCCCGGAUGGAACCACCAGACAGUGCCCUGUGAUGUUCCAAAAAACUGUCCAGGUUAGAAGCCACAUCAAGAAUAUGUACGAGGUUCGGCAAAAAAAGAAAUUUGAUUCACGUUGUAUUGUAUAGUGUUUGGCAAUCAUUUUGGUUUUCUAAACGAUAUAGAAGAGUCUAAACUGAGCUAGAUAAUAUCUCCGAAAGGCUAUUAAGGUGGUUCGCAAUAGUUUGUGGAAAUUGAGCCUCGACGGAUCAGUACUCCAUGUGGGUUGAUGAAAAAAAAAAAAGAAAAGAAUAUUAAACAAACACUGAAACACUUCUCAUCUGUUGUAAUCAUUGACUUGAUAUAACAUACGAAAGUAAAGAUUUGUGGAACACAGCGCUAACUUUACGAUUGAGGCGAGUAGUUCUUCAACGAGGAAUUCCACUGAGUAUCUUAUUUUCAAAUUGUCUACAACGUUGCACGAAAGGGAUUCAAAUUUAUCCUUAAAGUUUUGGUCGCUUUUCAAAUUAGAGCAGAUAGGACUACAUGUCCAAGCAAGUUACUGGUUAAAAAUGUUCAUCCAAAAACUCAAAUGUUCAAUGGUGAAUGCUCGGUGAGACAUCUUCAAACGUUUUCUCUAUGGAAAACAGCUAUUUUGAAGUAUAAUGAGUUCCACAGGUCGUUUAUAUCAACUUCAAACAUUCCUUGUUUUAGUAAAUGGCGGAUUCACUCAAUGGACGGAGUGGUCCGCGUGUUCAAAGACCUGCGGUCCGAGGGCUGUAAGAAUGCGCAUGCGACUUUGCACCAACCCCCCACCUGCUUUUGGAGGAAACGACUGCAAUGGCUGGAGAUUCCAUGUUGAAUAUUGCAAAGGGAAAGAAUGCCCCCAGAAACCUGGUAACUACAACCAAGAGAGUAAAGUAUAGGAACUCUCCUUUGAUUAUUCAUUCAUCAGCAGAUAGAUAGAAGCUGUAGCCAGAAAUGAUCGAAGGUAACACAAAUUACGAAAUUAAAUCGUAGUUUCUGGUUACUGAGACCAAAGUCAUUCUUUUCCAUCAUACAGAGAUCUUGAUACUUUGCUUUUUUGCGUUAAAAGUCUAAUUUUAAAAGAAGCGUUUAAACGACGGCUGUAAUUCAAGACGACCUUUUGUAAAAGAAGUUGCUUUUACCCUCUGAUUGUCAUGGGUGAACUUGAUUUCAAUGAAGUUUCGGAACAUUCAUUCUAAAGCCACAAAGCCAUUGUAAUUAGUCGAGCUUUUGACUUUUCACCGUUUAUUGGGAGAUUAUUACGAAAUAAUGGUUAAGCUGUUUGACCCUUUCAUUUUCAACUCGCGUUUAGGCGGCCCAGACCUAGACGAGAUGGAGACUUCGAAAAACAACAAGGAAAUAAUAUUUAGGACGUUAUCUUCAACACCAGUGAUAGAAGAAUUGUCGAAACGUCUUCCCAGUACAGACAUCGAUAAUAACAACAUCGCAAAAAGGAUUGCACGAUACAGCGGAUUAGCUCAUAUUGAUCAAGAAUUACCUCACAUACCCUCAGUACAGUCACUUCUUCAUGUGCCUCAGCAACAACAAGGCAUUAUUAGACAAAUUCCCAGCGAGCGGAAUGUGUUUGGCUUUCAACAAAUGCCAAACAUGAAACAGUUCACAACUUCACUGGCAAAUUUUCCUUCCUCGAAAUUCAUGUCCUCUAUGCAAUUUCUGAAGCCAGGAUCACAUUUAAUGCCACAGCAACAACAUGAGACCUACGAAAACGGUGGUAAGGCUAUUCACGUUCAAGGAAAUAACGAAAACGUCGGGUUCACGCCAUGGAGCGAGUGGACAAUUUGCAGCGCCUCGUGCGGACGCGGUAUUCGAACGCGCUCACGUUCUUGCAUUGGUACCUUUGACUUAGUUGGUGUUGACAGUUCGUGUAUGGGACCCAAAGUACAAACGAAACGUUGCCGUGACCACAAAUGUCCAGGUAAUUUACCUCAUUAACAUUGCAAACAUUUAGUUGAGAAAUUUUUUAAUUGCGUAUCGAAUGCAAUCCAGCAUCACUUUAGACGUGCCUGACCAUGCAUUUGCGUUUGUAUUUGCACUUGCAAUAAGACUCAGCCUUUUCCGUUUGCCAUCGCCUCAAGCUUUGGACAUUUAUUUCCCCUGAGUUAUUAUUGGCUUCUUUAGACCUCUCUCUUAUUCUGUUUGGCUGUUAGGCAGACUCGGGUCAGACUAAAUUUGUCCUCGUUGAACGAAGAGCCCACCAAAGUUUGCAUUCCUCUAAAUACGUGACUUCAGAUGGUGGUUGCACUCAGCCAGUAUCUGGAGUCACGGGUUCAAAUUUCGUUGAAACUUGAAUUUUUCCAGGCCUCUCCAAACAGUACUCCUUAUUCAAGGCCUAUUGAGGACAACGUUUACGAACUGUUAUAUUUGACUUUGAUGUCUGGUUUUACGACGUUAACUUGAAAAGUACUCUUAUUAUAAUAAUUUCAAGUUUUGAUUAAGGUAAUCUUUGAAAAGCAAAGAAUAUCUUACUCAAAUAACUGAAAUCCGGGAAUACGAUAGCUUGGAGAGUGACUUAGAUUUGGAAAGAUGCCAGGAAUGCAUAUAGAUUAAAUGAUAUAGACAACCUUCACACGCGAUUAUAACGCUUUCUGUUAACAAACUGGAAACACUUUAAUAAGACAACCAGAUAAACAGGACAUACUGCGUUAAUUCAUAGUUUUUUCCCCUCAUUGACUUCAAGUUGACGGCCGUUUCUCGCCGUGGAGUGACUGGUCCGAGUGUUCCAAGACUUGUGGAUCUGACUCAUACCAGACACAUGAAAGGACAUGCACUGACCCCCCUCCCAGCUUCGGUGGGGAGGAUUGUGUGGGCAGGACUGUGGAAAGACGUCAUUGCUUGAAGCCGUCUUGCUUGCUUCUAGGAGAUUAUAAUGCAAGCAAAGUGUUUAUACAAAGUGUUAAGUUUCAUAAUGGUAAGAUAAUGUUCACAUGGGGAGUAGGCAGGUGUUUAUAGUAGGGGCGUGGCAUACCAGCGUCUCCUGAUAUCUGAGUUUCAAUUUCUACCUUUAAAGAGGGCAAGGGGGUGGGGAAACUCUGAAAAAUAGGCCUUAGAACUUCUCCCCUGCCUCGUCCACUAACAAGAUCGGCAUCUCUUCGUUCCUGCUUCCUGAGAGAGCUUGCUGUAAUUACCAUGGGUCAGAACUCUUACUGGCCAGAUCUUCUGUUAUGAUGGAAUUCCCAAUUCCUUGGGGAGGAGCUCGAGGAAGGGCUUGUUCAUUUUUAAAAUUUGGGAGGGGGUGGAACAGAGAGAGACCUCUUCUCCCAUCCCUGCUAUCUCGCAUCCUGAGCUUAGGGUAAGUUAGUUUUUAUUUUUCGUCCUUGCUUCGGAGAGAUUUCUCAGGAUUCUCCAUUCUAUUCCUCCAGAAGACCUAGCACCCUAAAUUAAAAUUCGAACGGAAAGCAUUGAAUGAGAUAAGCCACUUUAUUUCCACUGCUUAAUAAAUUUCUUACCUUCUUAAUAUAGAUUGAUAGAUCGAUCGGUCUGGUCUGUUAAUGUCGAACGAUGGUUGGUUAGAUUUUGAAGUCUGCUUCGGUAUGUGGCUUAACACGGACGACGUAAAUGACACCAAGUAAAAGGAAAAAAAGGCAAAACGGAAAACUACUGAGUGAAUAUUUUGCCAUUCACAAAGAAUACGCAUAAUGUUACCACUUCUCUAUCUCUUUUUGUUCAGUUUCUUCAAAUUCUACUGAUGGUUUCACUGAAUGGGGCCCGUGGUCUCAAUGUUCAAGGACCUGCGGUUCUAAUUUAUUACGCGUGCGUAAACGAUCGUGUUUCAAACAGAACAUUCAGAGCUGCGCUGGUUCCACUUCAGAAGUGAAGCCCUGCAUGUUGCCAUCAUGUCCGGGAGACACCAUUCCUGGUUUUAGAACUGAAGCUGGGCUCUCUGGGACUGUUUCACAUAACAGUGAGUUCAUUUCAUGAACUUAGUUUGACUUAGAACUGAAGAACGAGUGUCACUUUUUGAUCAUCUGAGUGAGUCGAUACCUCCGUUCGUCAACUUGCCUCUAGGUUAUGUUUUUAUUCCUUUACUUGAGCGAAAGCUUUUCCUAGUUUUUUUUGUUUUAUGUUGUUUUUCUAUCUCUGCAACCUCUACACUUCGAAAGCAACAUUUGAUCUCUUUGAUUGAAAGCGCGUCGUUCUUUUAAAUUUACAAGAAACAAAAUAACCACAAGGUUGUUUUUGUUAUUCAAAUUUUUUACAAUUAAAAAAAGAUGUCUCACUUUUUCAUCUGAAUGGCACGUUCAUAACGCAUCAUUUGUGCAUUCAAAUCUCACCCUAACAUUAUUCAUUUUCUGAGCCCAUUUCACAUCACCAUAGCAAGGAAGUCUUUGAAAGAUGACACUUUGUACAUACAUUUACUAUGCGUGUUUUUGGUGUUGUUGCUUAUUGAUAGAGAUGAAAAAUAGCCUUAGCUAAAGUCAAGGCUAGAAAGUUUAAACUAAGAAAGAAUUCAAUUCAAUAAGACCACUUAUAUUAGGGACUUUAAGUAAACCACGACGGCGACGGUAACGAGAAUACGAACAAAAAAAAACUAAUGACCAAAACUGCGGCGAAACACGAGCGUUUUAAAACUCAACAUUUCUUGGGAAUCCCAUACAGACUAAAACAUGAAAUCGCCAACUUUUAUGUCCUCUUGACAAGGAAACCUCUACUGUGAUUUAGUCACGUUUUAACCUUGAAUUCAACACUGCAUUCACAUGUUUUGCAGAGGUGAAGACGUGCUACCUUCAGAAAUGUUGAACGCACCUAGUUAUUGGCGAAAGCCAAGAGGGAAUUAAUCACGUUUUUUUUUCGGAAACAUUGACCAUACGUCACAUCACGUCACACGUCAUUACGGCGAGUCACUGUAGUGACAUCUUAAACUCCCUAUCAUUAUAACAAGCCUGGCUCCCGCGUUAUUGUUAUGACUGCCAUUUUUUUAUUUUGCGCUUCUUUUCUCGCGCAUGGUUUAAUUCUCGCUCCUUCCCAGCGCUGGUUUGUCUUUUUCAACGUCGCCGUAAAAUCGCAACAAAUGACACCAUUUCUGUAGGCUGGAACGAAUGAGGUUUUCAAUGAGUCGUUUCCACCCGUCCCAGGCCUCCCUCCUUUUAUCACUUUGCGCUACCUCUUUCCGCCCCGACACCUUGUCUUCUCAGCAGUUAGGUGAAAUAAAGCAUUCGUUUAAUUUAGACAAGGGAUACCAUAAUUAAAAAUUAACGUUUCUUAUUUUCGAGACAGUUUCUGUUAAAAAUGAGUUUGACUGGAGUCCUUGGUCUGUCUGCACGAGAACUUGCGGUUUUGGCUCAUACCGCACCCGCGAGAGAACUUGUUCUCUUUCCAUCGCCAGGAAGACAUGCAUCGGGUCAGAAAUUCAGAAGGUCCUCUGCAAUGUACCCGUGUGCCCCAAAAUGGAAGCAGCAAGGCCUAAUGCUAUCUUUCGACAAAAAAGUACUGUUAACACAAGUAGGUAUCACCCUAAUGAUUUUAGAUACAUAUUUGUGGUGAAUGUAGAGUUGGCCUGAUGGUAGCGAUGACGCCUCGAGGCUAGGCCAGUUAUUGUGCCGUGUUCUUCGGAUCCAAGAUAAUUCUUUUUAAUUAAUAAGAACCCAAAACAUUUUCUUGCUGAACUGCAGGAGAAAUGGCAAUAACCCUUGUAAAUAAAUAUUUAGAAAACGGAAUAAUGUCGUACAAGAUUGGCCACUAAGAGGCUAAUUUUCUGUCGGUGAUUUCUAUCUUGUAAAAACUUUAGAGGAAGAAAUUCAAAUUUGAGAACAGACGCUGGAAUCGUACUUCUUGUUCUUUUAAGCUCUUAUGUGUAUGAUCCUCGAUAAUUCACAUCCAAGUUUCCAAUAAAAAUUCCUGGAACCUAGGUUUUUGUACUCAAGGUCAGGGUCAUGAGCACAGAGAAAAUGAUUGCUAUGGAAAUAUUUCAAGAACAGUAUGGAAUAUACGGGUAAUGAUAUCAGGAUGUAAAGGGUUAAAGACAACUUUCCUUUGAACCCCUUCCCUACUCCCCCUCAGCCUUAACACUGUAUUUUGAUCAUCGCACAGCCGUAAAUCUUCCUCGUAAAGUUUCAAGCGCGCAUGUCGCAGUAGUUCAACCAACCACUCCAUCCAAGUCUCCGAACCACACCUCUGGGUCCAAUGUCAUCCCACCUGAUUUACAAGCGGUGGCAGCUUUGGCAGCGGUGAAUAAGCCAUUCAUUUUACCAGGAGUAAACAAUCUAGAGACAAAUUACACCACGUGGUCACCUUGGUCUGAGUGCUCCCCAAGUUGUGGUCUAAAAGCUGUGAUGGUUCGACGACGUACCUGCAAGCUGAUUAGUGGAAAGAGCUGUCCGGGUCCUUCUACUCAGAAAAAGCCUUGCCCGUUUACUAAAUGCCCAGGUAUGCAAUAUGCAGAAAAUACCGGUCAGUAAAAUACAACCAUUAAGAAUGCACGAAAGCCGUUGCAUUUCGAAUGUUUUUACACCUAACCUUUCCUCGCAAGUUGCAAUUUUAUUCCCGCUGAAAUUUGUUAAGCGGUUUAAUUAGUUUCACCGUAGAUUUUCUAAAUAAACAGUUAAAAGAGUUUAGAAGUUGAAAGGUAAUCAAAAUGAAGUCUUCGCGUGCGUCGUAUGCGUUGUGUUGGCCUCUGUUAUUUUCCAUGGCAUAAUCAUGCAGCUUUCCUUCGUGGUACACCGUUGAAUUCAUUAGCCUCUCAACCCCCUCCCCACCUCUUUUUUUCCCGAAUAAUUCGAGACUCGGUUUACAAUCGAAGGAAGUUUACGCUCUUGUUGACUUACAAUGGCGAUUUGAAUUUCAGUUGAUGGCGGUUUUUCUCCUUGGUCUCAAUGGUCGCAUUGCACCGUGACCUGUGGCACCAGUGCAGUUAGCCGUCGAGAGCGCAGAUGCAACAAUCCCAAAACAGGGGCAGGUGGACGGGACUGUGUGGGAGAAUGGGUACAGUUAAAGAGCUGUGGAAGGAAGCCUUGCUCUGGUGAGACAAUCAUUAGGAAUUUUAAAUCUGAAAAAAAGGACAUACAUAUGACUUGUUCCUUAGCCUUGAAACUAGCUCCUAACUGGAACUGGUUCUGGCUUUUUCCUCUGUGAAACUUGUACAAGUCAGUCAGUGUCCGUGAUCAUUUCUCUCUGUUACUUUCUAUUGUUUAAGUGAACGGAGGUCUAACUGGCUGGACAGCAUGGUCUGCUUGUACAAAGACUUGUGAUACAAACACUGUUAGCGUCCGGGAGCGGUACUGCACUAACCCUCCCCCACAGGGUAGGGGUAAAGACUGUGUUGGUCAGAGGAUGCAAGCCAGAGCAUGUGCAUCAUCGAAGUGUCCAGGUAAAAUCCCAAGUGAAGAAAGGAAAGUUAAAAAAGAAAAGUCAGGUCACUUGUCUCGACUGACAGGUCCUAGAUGAUGUCCUGCCUAAUACUCUAAAAUGUACCUAGCCCUGAGCUGAUUUUGAUCAGGGUCAACGAAAAUCGAUGAUCAAUGUAUUUGUGUUUAGUUUCUUGAGAGUAUCUUAUGCCGAGCUCUUUUAAGCGAGUUUCUCUUAGUUCUUCUCUCGUUGCGCGUUUCGCGGAAUGUUCUGCAAGUUAUCUGUAUUGCAUAUAGACACGGGUAAGCGAAAGAAGCAGAAAACCACAAGCAAAAAUAAAUGUGUUGGCCAUGGAAAAGAACGAAUAGGCAAAUAAACAACAAGUGAACAAACAAACAAAGAAAAUAAACAAAAAAGGCAAAACAAACCUAACUAGUCUCCUAAGAAGCAAGACAAUAGGACAAAACAAAAGUAAGAAACUUGCAAAGGAGCAAGAUUGGUCUGAGACCGUUUUAUUUCUACGAACAGUUGACGGAGGCGUGUCAGCGUGGUCCGUGUGGUCUGAGUGCCGCGGCCGGCGCUGUGGAAGAGAGGUACGAAAGAGAAGGCGCAAAUGUUCAAACCCACCACCUGCUAAUGGCGGGAAAUCCUGCGUUGAGCCAUUGGUACAAAUUAGAAGAUGUCAAGUAAAGCACUGUAAAUGUGAGUCGAGUUCUAAUAUAAAUAUUCUUUUUUCAAAAGAGUUAAAAGCGAAACUGAAGUAAUCACAACAUGAUGUCGCCGUUGUUACUGAGAGUAAGAGCCAGUGGAACUGAAGUGAAAUUAAUAUAUGUAACUGAGAGAAACGUGGCAAAAAAAAUGAGUGACCAAGUCGGAAUUGAUUUCAGUUUUAUAUUUGACUAGUUGAAAGGGUACUGUGAGCUUUUUAGACCAGUCAUGAUAAAGUGGGUUUAUGGAAACGUGAUGCAGUCAUGAAAUAAUUCGACAAUCAGUUGAAGUUUGCUUUUCAAAAAGCAACGCUUAAUUUUGAAUCGCAAACUGCUUCUCUUUGCUUAUGAUGCAAAUAGCGAACAGUUCAAGGGCCUGUUUCUCUCUCUGCCAGCUACUUUAGGAUUUAGUCAAUGGUCUUCGUUCGGGAGAUGCUCCCGUGCAUGUGAAGGUGGAAUCAAGAAGAGGAAAAGAAGAUGUAAAAGACCCUCUAAGGGCUGCCAUGGUCCCAAGAUACAGAGAAGACGCUGCAACGAACACAGAUGUUCAAGUAAGUGAAUCAUUUGCAGAUUCAGCUUCACCUCUAAUUCGACUCAUAAAGUGAAUCUGUAAUGAUUUUCCCAAUUUCGGUUAGUUGAUCAAAGUAGAUGUAUUAGCACAUAUGCUUAGGAAGUAUUUUUCUUUUACGAUAAUGAGUUGGAUUGGGCUAGAUAUUGAUAUCAAAUUGUGAGCAUUAUUUUCUGUGUAAUAUUCCUUGACUCUUAAAUUGACUGCCCGAUUGGCUCUCUCAAUUAAGUUGCAUUCAGAAUGGCACAGGAUAAUCGCAAAGGCCUAAUGUUGCAUCACACAAAAUUAAGUAGUUUAAGACCAACCGGAUUUGAAACUCUUUUUUUAUUAGCUCAACUGUAUUAGAUUAUUGUCUUAAUUGAUUUAGACUUAAUUUUCAGAUUCUAAUUACCUGGUUCGAGCCGAUCCUCUUGAGCUGUGUGGUUACCACCCCUGUAAGGUGUCCAAAUGUGUAACAGAACCUACGGCAAUGUGCGUCAGCAACUCAAAAUGUAAACCGAUCUUCUUCGACAGGGAUGGGAAUAUAAUAAACUCUUGUAAAGGUAUGGAGACAAAACGAAAAGAAAUAUGUAAAAACACUUCAUUGAUAAUACGGUAAUAAACUAAGAACCGUACAAAAAAAGAGGUAAAACUCUUGGGAAAACUUAAAUUUCCGUUUAACAGGUAAUAGCAUUAACUCUUUACGCCCUGGCAUCAGGGUGCAUAACCUACACUUUGUUCUCUGUACAUUUCCUAUAGUGGCGAGAAGGAGAGUUUGUUUAACAAUCAAAAACUUCUUAUAGUUAAUCAUGUCCUUUAUUCUUGUGACUUUAAAGUUUGAUUCAGAGGUGAAUCUGUAAAGAGAAAUAAGAGCAUCCGUUUCCAGUACGGAAAUAUCCUCUUUAUCAACUUUAGAUCGAGGGAGUUAGCGACGGAUAUGACUUUUCGUGAAGACUUUAGCUAUUCCUAUACUUAUCCAUUGAGUUUUACCGAAGAUGACGUUUCAUGUUUUUCACACCUGAAAAUGAUACAAACGAACUUUGAAAAUUUUGCUACUCCUAUGAUUUGUCACCAUUAUGAAACAAGAAAGUUGCCAAGUCAGACCCAAAACAGUCUUGCAUAUUGCAUAUGACUCCUUUCUAAUGAGAUCCUGAAAUUCAACUCUCGUCCUUGAUGAGUGACAAGCCUCGGUGUACCGCAAAGCAGGUCAAAACAAGCAUAGAACCUUAUUUUACAAAUAUGACCAGGUGUUUUCAUUACAAUGCCACUCGAGCCUAUAGGGUAUUACAGAACUCACUUUCAGUUCAUCACACACCUAAGUUAGUUGCAUGUCUAAUAACUCCGUAUUUUUUGCCAUGUAGGAGACGCAAUAGUCCUAUCGAUUCCUCCAGAACGAGUUUGCCGAUUUAACCCUUGUGAAAAGUCUGCUUGUUACACCUACCAAGCUGAACGCUGCGUUGUGUCUUACGGAUGCAAACCCAUCUUCUUUGGAGUCAAUGGUCAGCGACUUAACUGCAGAGGUAAAGUGUGUUAUCACCAAGCCCGUACUUCUCUUGAUGGACUUCAUGAGACUAUUCAUGGGUCUGUUUUCGGCUUAAAGGUCUGUAUAUAAGAGUGAAGUUUUAACAAUUUAGGAUAUAUAUGAAAAGUAAUAAGAAACCAAUUGGAACUGGGUUUAAAGAUAUUUCAAAGGAAAUUUCAGUAAGAGUUGAAUUUCCAUCUAUUUUCGGAAACGCUUCUUUUUUCCUUUUCUUCUCAUUACUGCAUGGUUGGGGUACGAGGUGUUUUUGUCCUUUUCUUCAAAACAAGCCUUGUAUAGCUGAAUGGAAAAGCAUGAAGGGUACUAUUCUGUAUUGUUUCGUUCUUAACGUAAAUUUAUUUUAUCACGUCAACUUAAACGUUUUUUAUUCUAUCGGGCGUAAAUUGUAGGUUUUUUCGAACCAAUUUUUGCGUUUAUUAGGAUUGGUACAUUUUGUUUAUGUUUCAUAACAUUUUAAAGUGUGUUCAUCUUUUGGUAUUAUUACUGUUGAUUAUUUAAGAACAGACACCUUAAUAGUGUGUCCAUCUAUUGAUAUUAUUAUUGUUGCUUAUUUAAGAACAGACACCUUAAUAAAGGCACUCACUCAUUCGUUCGGUUAUUUAUUAUUCAUUCAUUUAUUAACUCAUUCGCCCACUUUUCAUUCACUCAUAUAUCUUUCAUUCAUUCAUUCAUUUACUCUUUCGCCAUUCAUUUAUUCAUUCAUCAGGCAUAUUGACAGUGCCAGCAAUGGAUGCAUGCGGCUUCAAUCCUUGCUUUGAAAAGGCAUGCAAAGUUGAUCUCACGGCUCGCUGUGUGACUGACGCACAUUGUAAACCAACCUUCAUUUCCAAGACUGAACGAAUACUGGACGAAUGCGUAGGUAAACAAAUCAUUUGAAUGAUUUAUCGGGUGAUAGACGGUUGACUUUUUAAGUCGUUGGAUUAUCAUAAGAGAAUAUGUAUUAUAAUACAAUGGCGACAUUUUCAAUUGGAAGUCGAGUGACGGUAAACGAAAAACACGUGAUAUCCCUUUCAAAACAAAUAGCUACAAAGCUAAGACCAAUCGCCACCAGAUCACUUCGUUUUUUCCCAGAAUUCUCCGCGGUUCCUUGUUCUUAUUGGCGGUAAAAUAACUUUUGUAAUCUUUUUCUUCCCUCUCAAGAGGACCUAGACGAUGAUGAUGAAGAAAGCGACGAGGAACACGACGAGACAGAUAGUGCUGAGGAAGCUGGAGGAAACGAUCCUGAUGUCGAAGACGUCUCGAAUUCAGACGACGACAGUGAUGAUGACAGCAAUGAAAAUAAUGACGACGAUGAUGACGAUGGCGAAAUUAAGAACCACAAACAUAGCAAACGUAAAUUGCGUAAGAAAAUUCACGUUGAGGAUGAUGAGGAAGAAGACGAUACAAUCAAGAAAAAAAGACAGUUGAUAACGAUGAAGAUGCUGCUAAUUCUAAAAAAAAGACUGAAACUCCAGUGGUUCACUUGA